UUUAUAAGCAACGCAUUCAUUUCCCAUCUUACAUAUCGAGCAAGCAAUGGGUACGCAGAUGACAUUAAGAAAUGCUGGUUUUAUUCUCUUUGUUUUGUUGGUUACAUGGAUGCCUUCAGGGGCAAGUGGUGAGAACAACAAGACCGAAGGGUAUGAUCCGUCAGCCAUGGAGGAGAGGUAUGAAGAAUGGCUGGCACGAAAUGAUCGAGAAUAUGCUACAAGAGAUGAAUGGAAAAUGCGAUUUGGAAUCUACUCAUCCAAUGUUCAGUUCAUUGACUUUAUGAAUUCUUUGAACUUAUCAUUCAAGCUGACUGAUAAUGAAUUUGCGGACUUGACAAACGAAGAGUUUAAAUCUAUCUACUUGGGUUAUAGGAGACCAUCGAAUCAAACGAGUUGUGUUAAAAGCUUGUGUUCAGGAUCACCAGCAAGUGUUGAUUGGAGAAAGAAAGGCGCUGUAACUCCAGUCAAGAAUCAAGGCAAAUGUGGUAGUUGUUGGGCAUUUUCUGCAGUAGCAGCAGUGGAAGGCAUCAACAAAAUCAAAACAGGAAACUUGGUAUCUCUGUCAGAGCAAGAGCUAGUGGACUGCGAUGUCACCAGUAACAACCAAGGCUGCAAUGGUGGGUACAUGGAAGAUGCAUUUGAAUUCAUAAAAAAGAAUGGUGGAUUAACCACGGAGAAAGAUUACCCUUACCAGGGAAUAGAUGGAACCUGUGACACAGCUAAAAUUAAACAGCACGCAGUGACAAUUAGUGGAUAUGCAGGAGUACCUGCUAACAACGAACAAGCACUACAAGCUGCAGUUGCCCAGCAACCUGUGUCGGUUGCAAUUGAUGCUAGUGGCUAUUCAUUUCAACUCUAUUCUCAUGGUAUUUUCAAUGGAGUUUGUGGGCAACAGUUAAACCAUGGAGUCACAGUGGUUGGUUAUGGACAAGAAUCUGGUGAAGAUUAUUGGAUAGUGAAAAAUUCAUGGGGGACCAAUUGGGGUGAAUCUGGGUAUGUCAGAAUGGAACGUAAUUCCAAAGAUAACAAAGGAAUUUGUGGCAUUGCUAUGCAAGCAAGUUAUCCUACUAAGGGUUGAGCUGCGUCUAGGAUGACAAACUUCACCUCAAUAAGCACUAUUCUGGUAUUAGUUAUAUAUGAAAUUCAACUGAACAAUGAAUUUGAAGAGUUUAAGCUGGAAAAAAUAAUAUUGAGCAGACUUGUAAAAUGCCUUGCACAAAUAAAUUGCUUAUAAAAGAACCCAUAGAAGUUCAGUUCCAGACCAA